UUUAUUACAAACAUUUUGUUCAACGUUACUUUGUGACAUGAAAGUUGAUUAGGUAAAAUGUAACUGAAGGAACGUAACCUAUCCAAGCGAACAGGAAGGAAAUUAUCCAACGUUUCUAUAGCGACAGGAGUGGCGUCCUGUUCCGGAAAUCAUGGCGGACGAUUUGGACGAUUUACUUGAUGAAGUCGAAUCUAAAUUUUGCAGCAGCACAUCGAAAUCAAAACAGAGUGCUUAUCAUUUAAAACAAACGGAGCACAGCUGUACGAGUCCCCAGGACAAGAAACAGUCAAGAAAACAAGAAAGCAAAGGGACUGAAAAUGAUGAUAUUACUGCUAUGCUGCAGGAAAUACUGGAGGACGAUUAUCAGCCCAUAAACUCAUAUGAACCCAUUGCUACAAAGACUUUCACAGGUGAUGCAUGUUCCCAGACAGUGUCCAAAAAAUGUUGUCCUGUGUUUCUUGGUGGAAGCUCUUUACAGCAUGGUGUUGGAACUAGUGUUUCUCAGAGGGCCUGCAACCAGUUAAGAUGUACAUCAUGUGACUUUCGAGUGGCCAUGUUUGACGACCAGGAGUGGGACCCAUCCUGCGAUUAUUUGUUUUUAAGGAAUAACAUGCCGGACUAUCACAAAUUAAGAGCUAAACUUAAGAGGAGAAAGGGUGGGCGAGCCUAUGCCUGCCAGUGUAGCUGGCACACUGCCCACACACUCUCAGACCUGAGAGCUCAACACCGACUCAAGUGGGUCUGUGGCAAACACAAAGCAUGAGCUUAAUAC